AUGUCGUCGUCGGUGCAUUCGGGACACUCGGGAAAAGAACAUCUCCCUCGAACAACACCAACUCGAACAACAACAACAGGGAGAGGACGAGUUUCUAAGGCGUUCGAAACGGAGGAGGAUUUUUCGGACGAUGAAGAUGAAGACGACGACGACGACGAAUGGGAGGACGACGAUGAUUUCAUCGAAGAAGAAGAAGAAGAAGAAGAAGAAGAAGAAGAAGAAGAAAGGAUGGAGGAAGAGGGAGCGAAGUACAACAACUCGUCGCAGUUGCAGCUGCAGCAGCGACGACACGGAGGCGCCAACGCCACCUCCACGAAUACGAAUUCGUCCUCGCAUUGUACUAAUCGAAAUCAGUUAAAAAAAGAAGGACACCAAAAACAUCAACAACAAGGACGAGAAGUGUUUCCAACCAUCGCGUACAACAAUCUCGGGAAACAAACGAACUUUUCGCAGUGCUUGCAAGCUCGCGCGAAGAAAUGGAACCCGAUGAAGCAGUUUGAACCGGCAAAAAACGGCCAGUUCGCGCCGGAUUGGUCUUUUCACGAGUUUGAGUUCCCGGAACAUCCGGAUGAAAUCGUAGAGUUUACGAGUAGGGUUGGUCAGAGACGGUUCGCGUUCGUGUUGAACACGAUCGAUAAGGAGGUGCGCUUGGCGAAUCCAGAGCUGGUCGAGUUGGUGGUGAAGAGUUUGCUGAGAUGCACGAACUGCGACGUCGCGAAGACGUUGUUUCGCGCGCAGCAGUAUUUUGAUUUCUACGAAGACGUGUUUGGUUCGUUGAGGAACGUCCAAAAGUUGAGCGAGGACGAAGAGUUGAAACGAGCGUUUGAAACUGGAGCUUUGCAAGUGUUCGAAAACGUGGACGAGGACGGGAGAGCGUUGAUUGUUAUAACGUUGGCCAGAAUUGUUAAUUUCGAGAGGGCUGUGAAUCCGAGAGCGACGUCGCUGUUGAUGGUGAAGAUGCUCAAUUAUGUGAUUUUACGAACGUUGAAAAACUACCCGACGACGCAAAGGAAAGGGUUCAUAUUUUUGUGCGACAUGCACGGAUUAAGUUUCGAGCACUUCAACGUGAACUAUUCCAGAGUGAACAUAUACGCGAUUUCGAAUUUUAUGCCGAUUCGAGCGGAGAGAGCUGGGAUUAUUCGACCGUUGUUGUUUACGAAAUUUCUGUUACCGACGUUGAAGUAUUUCGCCUUUGCGUCGCCAAAAAUCCGCGCCAGAUUUCACAUUUUGACGCAAGAUCCGUCGAUUUUGCUCGAGAAGCCGUUUCAAUUUCGGGUAGAACAAGUGCCGCCGGAAUACGGCGGCACCAACAAGAUAUCUUACGGAAUCGCGGAGAGGAUUCAAACGUGGACGUUGGAAGAGGAGGAGAUUUAUUUAGAAGACCGAGACGAAGACGAAGAUUUUCCCAUGGAGGAAGGCGAAGAAGACGGAACGCUCUUGGAGGAAAAGAGAGAGUUCCAGGAGACUCUGCAAAAGGAGAAAUUCGCGACGACGAGUUCCGGCGAUGCCAUGAGCGUGUAA